AUGUCAGCUUAUCAUCGCCUAAGGCAUCAAGAGCGACAUCGACGGCGUUUUCGCACGAUGCAUCUGUUAAAAACCACAGAGAGCAACCAACAAAACACCGAGGAAGUCUUCGAUAAUCUCAGAAGACAUCUGAAGCGAGAACGAAAUGAAGCAUUAUGUGAGAGUCAUCGAAACACUGUGCAUAUGAAUACGCCAUUUCUAGAAUAUGAUCCACCAUUCAUGGUUGAGAUUCGGUGUAGGAAUAUUGCAGAAUUCGAAAGGAAUAAUGGAUUAUCUAUACUGACUCCACAGACAUGUGUAUACGACCUCCUUCGAUGCGUGCAAGUAUAUAAAGACGUUCAUUUCUCGCGUCGAAAAGUGGGUUCAAAUAAAUGGUAUCCAUAUGUAUUAUCUAAUGUUCCAAGUAGUUGUGACUGCAUGUGGCCAGUCGAUAAAUAUGGACAUCAAGAAUUGUAA